CAUCUCUAGUGAAUUCCGAUAUCCAGAUCGGUCUUACCAACUUCAUUUCUUGAAGCGGUAGCGGGUGUUAUCGGGGUUGGGUUGAACCAAUGGAUACUGGAGGAAAAGUAAAGAAGGGUGCUGGAGGAAGGAAGGGUGGCGGGCCAAAGAAGAAACCUGUUUCAAGGUCCGUUAAAGCUGGGCUCCAAUUUCCCGUUGGAAGGAUCGGGCGUUACUUGAAGAAAGGAAGGUACUCGGAGCGAGUCGGAACCGGAGCACCAGUUUACAUGGCUGCCGUUCUUGAGUACUUAGCCGCUGAGGUUCUGGAAUUGGCUGGAAACGCAGCGCGUGACAACAAGAAAAACAGGAUCAUCCCAAGGCACGUAUUACUCGCAGUGAGGAACGAUGAGGAACUUGGGAAGCUUCUCGCCGGCGUUACCAUCGCCCACGGUGGCGUCUUGCCAAACAUAAACCCUGUUCUUUUGCCAAAGAAGACUGACAAAGCCACAAAGGAACCCAAAUCUCCAUCGAAAGCCACCAAGUCUCCCAAGAAAGCUUAGUUCGAUCAAGAAACUCCGAUUUUUAGGCCUUCUUUUGUUCUUAUUUAGUUGUAUGUGAUUACGGGGUCUUUAGGAUUUUGCUUGUUAAUGUUGAUGUGUAGGUGGAAAACUGUUUCAAAGAAAAUUUAAGAUAUUAUUGUUAGAUUCCCAUUAUCAUGUAUGUGAUCCUCCUGGAAAUGAAACUACUUGUUUCGUUA